GCUCUACCUUCCCGGCCGCACCUCCCACUCCUCCUUUUUGUGGCCGUCCUUUCUCUCCGAAAAUCUCAGGUUACUUGACUGGGGAGUUCUCAGACCUCCCGUCCCUGCCCAGCCCUCAGCCUCCAAUCCGUAAGAGACGCUCAGCCCCAGCAAUUGGAUUGGGCAGCCUGUCUUGACACAGCUCUGUGCUGAGGGCUUGAGGACGUGUUUCAACAGAUGGUUGGGGUUAGUGUGUGUCAUCACAUUCGAGUGGGGAUUAAGAGAAGGAAGGCUGCCCUGCUGGAGCUGUGUGGUCUUCUCCAAGUGAGAGUUGCAGGCACAUUCAAGGACUUGGCUUUGGGGAAGAAGAGGAGAAAUUCAUUUGCAGCGGGCACAAGAAAAGCGAUAUUUUCCAGGUGCUGAGGGCCAGCCGCCAUCAGCUGGAGAAGGUGAAUCUGGCAAAUGACAUGACGGUUCCUCAAGGCAGACUCACUGCAGGGAAGCUUCAAAGGACCCCGUCUGCAGAUGUUCUGAAAACCUCUGAGUCUAGAAAUUGAUUAUUCAACCAGGAUACCUAAUUCAAGAACUCGAAGACAGACAUUUUGUCAGCUUCGCAACAUUGGACCAAGUACGAUGAAGAGUGCCUGCUGGGCUCUGCUGCUGGCUGUUCUGGGCGCUGAACUGCUGGGGAGCUUGUGCUCCACUGCACGGUCCCAGAGGUUCAGAGGAAGGAUACAGCAAGAACGCAAGAACAUCCGGCCCAACAUUAUUCUCGUGCUCACCGAUGACCAGGACGUGGAGCUGGGUUCUCUGCAAGUCAUGAACAAAACGAGAAAGAUCAUGGAGCACGGUGGGGCCACCUUCACCAACGCCUUUGUGACCACACCCAUGUGCUGCCCAUCACGGUCGUCCAUGCUCACAGGGAAGUAUGUGCACAACCACAACGUCUACACGAACAAUGAGAACUGCUCCUCCCCCUCGUGGCAGGCGAUGCAUGAGCCUCGGACCUUUGCUGUGUAUCUCAACAACACUGGCUACAGAACAGCCUUCUUUGGAAAAUACCUCAAUGAAUAUAACGGCAGCUACAUCCCUCCUGGGUGGCGAGAAUGGCUUGGAUUAAUCAAGAAUUCUCGUUUCUAUAAUUACACUGUUUGUCGCAACGGCAUCAAAGAAAAGCAUGGAUUUGAUUAUGCAAAGGACUACUUCACAGACUUAAUCACUAACGAGAGCAUUAAUUACUUCAAACUAUCUAAGAGAAUGUAUCCCCAUAGGCCCAUUAUGAUGGUGAUCAGCCACGCAGCACCCCACGGCCCUGAAGACUCCGCCCCACAGUUUUCAAAACUGUACCCCAAUGCCUCCCAACACAUAACUCCAAGCUAUAACUAUGCACCGAACAUGGACAAACACUGGAUCAUGCAGUACACAGGCCCCAUGCUGCCCAUCCACAUGGAGUUCACCAAUGUCCUCCAGCGCAAACGACUGCAGACCCUGAUGUCAGUGGACGACUCCGUAGAGAGGCUGUACAACAUGCUGGUGGAGACGGGAGAGCUGGACAACACGUACAUCAUCUACACUGCCGACCAUGGGUACCACAUCGGACAGUUCGGACUGGUCAAGGGGAAAUCCAUGCCAUAUGACUUUGACAUCCGUGUGCCUUUCUUUAUCCGUGGGCCGAGCAUAGAACCAGGGUCCAUAGUUCCACAGAUUGUUCUGAACAUCGAUCUCGCCCCUACCAUCCUGGAUAUUGCAGGGCUUGACACUCCUCCUGAUGUGGAUGGCAAGUCUGUCCUCAAACUUCUAGAUCUGGAGAAGCCAGGUAACAGGUUUCGAACAAACAAGAAGGCCAAGAUUUGGCGUGAUACAUUCCUAGUGGAAAGAGGGAAAUUUUUACGAAAGAAGGAGGAAGCCAGCAAGAACAUCCAACAGUCCAACCACUUGCCCAAAUAUGAGAGGGUCAAAGAACUGUGCCAGCAGGCCAGAUACCAGACAGCGUGUGAGCAGCCUGGGCAGAAGUGGCAAUGCAUCGAGGACACAUCUGGCAAGCUCCGAAUCCACAAGUGUAAAGGACCCAGCGACCUGCUCACCGUCCGUCAGAGCACGCGCAACCUCUACUCUCGCGGCUUGCACGACAAAGACAAAGAGUGCCAUUGUAGGGAGUCCGGGUAUCGAUCCAGCAGAAGCCAGAGAAAGAAUCAAAGGCAGUUCCUGAGGAACCAAGGAACACCAAAAUAUAAACCCAGAUUUGUGCACACCCGGCAGACUCGGUCCCUGUCUGUCGAAUUUGAAGGUGAAAUAUACGAUAUAAAUCUGGAAGAAGAAGAAUUGCAAGUGUUACCACCGAGAAGCAUUGCUAAGCGCCACAAUGAGGGCCGCCAGGGACUGGGAGGCCCUCAGGCUGUUGCUGGUGACAUCAGGAAUGAGAUGCUGGCAGACAGCAACGAUGCGGUGGGGCUGCCCACCACUGUCCGUGUGACACACAAAUGCUUCAUCCUUCCAAAUGAUACAAUCCAUUGUGAGAGAGAGCUGUACCAGUCGGCCAGAGCGUGGAAGGACCAUAAGGCCUACAUCGAUAAAGAGAUUGAAGUUCUGCAAGAUAAAAUUAAGAAUUUAAGAGAAGUGAGGGGACACCUGAAGAAAAGGAAGCCGGAGGAGUGUAGCUGCGGUAAGCAGAGCUAUUACAACAAAGAGAAAGGUGUGAAAAGGCAGGAGAAGUUAAAAAACCAUCUUCACCCUUUCAAGGAGGCUGCUGCCCAGGAGGUGGACAGCAAACUGCAACUCUUCAAGGAGAACCGCCGAAGGAAGAAGGCGAGGAAGGAGAAGAAACGCCAGAGGAAGGGGGAGGAGUGCAGCCUGCCUGGGCUCACCUGCUUCACACACGACAACAACCACUGGCAGACCGCCCCCUUCUGGAAUCUGGGAUCUUUCUGCGCAUGCACGAGUUCUAACAAUAACACAUACUGGUGUUUGCGUACAGUUAAUGAGACGCACAAUUUUCUCUUUUGUGAGUUUGCUACCGGCUUUCUGGAGUAUUUUGACAUGAAUACAGAUCCCUAUCAGCUCACAAAUACAGUGCACACAGUGGAACGGGGCAUUUUGAACCAGCUGCACAUACAGUUAAUGGAGCUCCGAAGCUGCCAAGGGUAUAAGCAGUGCAACCCAAGACCCAAGAGCCUUGACAUUGAGGACAAUUAUGGGAUGGAUGGGAAGGUUAGUCAGCCCAGCAUUGCUUCAGACACCAACUGGCAAGGCCUGGAGGAGUUAUCCGGUGUGGAUGACGACACCAGUGAGUACAGACAUAACCCUAGACUCAGUCUGGAGGACUGGACUAGUUACCUGAAGGCUGUAGACAGAACAUUUGCACCGCUGAACCCUCACUCCGAGCAAAACAAAGCAAAUGGGACUCCAGCUGCUCAAAGCAGUGGCUUCUCAGUCACCUCUGUUGAGCUCUUGGUGUCAGCAGAGAUGGCCUCUGCAGAGUCAGGUGAAGACCCAAGUCACGUGGUUGGGGAAGCGCCUCCCUUGACCUUGCCAGUCAACCUCCAAACCCUGCAUUUGAACAGACCAACUUUAAGUCCAGAGAGAAGACUUGAAUGGAAUAAUGACAUUCCGGAAGUGAACCAUUUGAAUUCUGAACACUGGAGAAAAAGUAGAACUGAAAACCCGACGGGAUGGGAAGAAAUCCGCUAUCCUGAAGGUGACAUCAGUGGCAAUGGCAGGACAGAGCUGGUGUUCCGGUCUCAUGGCAGGCUGCAGCCCUACAGCCGACGUCAACGAGAACGUCCCCAGGAUGUGGAGCCGGAAGAUCAGUGGCAUCUUUGUGUUCCUUCUGGCAGAACUAAUGUCCAUCGAGUGUUCAGUGUGUCCAGUGUGGAGCAGCCUGUUCACUCCAGCCACACAGAGGGAACACUGACCAAGAUACAGAAGAAUGGCACAAAGGAGCGGGUGCCGAACCUAGAAGGCAGUGCCUCCUCCCCUCUCCCCUCUGAUUAGAUGAAAUGUUGCCCAAACCUUUCUAUGUUUUUAUUAGUAAACUAGUGGCGGCAAUCGUAACUGCCAACAUUCGGGACUCCCCUGGGUACAUGUGCGCAGCAGAAAUCCGUGGGCACACGUGUGGAAAAUGCUCACACAUGGACUGCCUGGAACUCACGGUUUUCCCAAGAAGAGAACGGUGGGGCGCAUUUUCUGUUUUGUUGCUUUGUUUUUUGGUACUAAAACAGUAUUAUCUUUUGAAUAUUGUAGGGACUUGCGUAUAUAAAGUCUAUCCGGUCAAAAUGGCUAGGAUUGUGCCUUUGUAAGUUUGGAAAGCUUGACACCCUUGGUGAGUCUGUCAACACACCUUCCCUGCCUGCAUCAUGAAGUUUGGAUUAGUUUCUAACCACUGGAAUUUUUCGACAUCAUCAUCUUUGGUUCAGUGAUUUUUGCACUUUGAGUUUGGAAUACUGUGUCUUCUUGGAUGCUAGUGUUUUGUUUUGGUUUUUUUUUUUUUUGGUUUUUUUUUUCUAGUGGGCUUGUCAGAAUCACACUGUUUGUCCUAUUGUAGGACAAAAGAAUAGACUCCCAGCAAUGACACACAGUAUGGAUGACAUAUUGUUUAAUGUAUGCUUUUUUUGAGAAAACAUUGCAUGUAUUUUAUACCUCGACGCGCUAAGAUUGAUUAGCAGAAAGGCAUGACUCACAAUAUUGGUGGUUAAAAAAUAAAAUAAGUGAAAAAGUAAUAAACAAGACAAAAAUUACCUGCUCUCUCUCUGUGCUUACUGUGUGCUCAAUACCACUAAAUUUUAAAAGAAGGGACAGGGCAAAGACCACUUUAUUUUAAUUUUUUUUUCUUGGAUUGGUUAAUAAGCUUAAGCGUUGGGGAAAUGUGUGCAGUUUUGACUUUCUCCAAGACAGUUUUGCUAAACUGAAAUCAUGAAUGCUGUAACACUUAAACCCACCGUAGAGAAGGUUUGUUUUAUGAACAUUGUGGUAGGUGAAUAUUUUUAAAACUGUCAGCAAACUCUGGGUUUUCCAAAAGACAUAGUUCAAAACUGCUUUUGAAAAUCUGUACUCUGGAUAUCAUCCUGUCUCUCUUGGACUUUUAGAGACCAGUUGAAGGAUUACCUCAUUUGAUCGACCUUUUCCACUUCUCAAGGUCUUCUUGUUGCUGCUGUUGUUUAGCUUGACAGUAAUUCCCUUUUUACUUUUCAAGAAUUCAAACAUGGAGAUACAUUGUCUUUUCCUUAAGUGUUUGAGGUAAACACUUUUCAAGAAAAUUUCAUGUGACAUAGUUGAAUCCUUGGUAACUUUAAGUCUUCAUCAUAGUCUGUGCAUAGGCUAAACCUAACUAGCUGUUUAUCAGAUGUGGCUGGCAGCUGCCAACUGAAAGAAUAAACAUAUUUAUGGUCCUGGAUGAUGUGCUUUGUAAAGGGAUUUCAAGAUAUUAAGAAGCAUACUAUGUUUUUUUUUUUUUUGAAAAUCCUAUGUAAUGCUCUGUGAUACUUUUAUAGA